AGUAGUAGUAGUAGUAGUAGUAGUAGUAGUAGUAGUAGUAGUAGUAGUAGUAGUAGUAGUAGUAGUAGUAGUAGUAGUAGUAGUAGUAGUAGUAGUAGUAGUAGUAGUAGUAGUAGUAGUAGUAGUAGUAGUAGUAGUAGUAGUAGUAGUAGUAGUAGUAGUAGUAGUAGUAGUAGUAGUAGUAGUAGUAGUAGUAGUAGUAGUAGUAGUAGUAGUAGUAGUAGUAGUAGUAGUAGUAGUAGUAGUAGUAGUAGUAGUAGUAGUAGUAGUAGUAGUAGUAGUAGUAGUAGUAGUAGUAGUAGUAGUAGUAGUAGUAGUAGUAGUAGUAGUAGUAGUAGUAGUAGUAGUAGUAGUAGUAGUAGUAGUAGUAGUAGUAGUAGUAGUAGUAGUAGUAGUAGUAGUAGUAGUAGUAGUAGUAGUAGUAGUAGUAGUAGUAGUAGUAGUAGUAGUAGUAGUAGUAGUAGUAGUAGUAGUAGUAGUAGUAGUAGUAGUAGUAGUAGUAGUAGUAGUAGUAGUAGUAGUAGUAGUAGUAGUAGUAGUAGUAGUAGUAGUAGUAGUAGUAGUAGUAGUAGUAGUAGUAGUAGUAGUAGUAGUAGUAGUAGUAGUAGUAGUAGUAGUAGUAGUAGUAGUAGUAGUAGUAGUAGUAGUAGUAGUAGUAGUAGUAGUAGUAGUAGUAGUAGUAGUAGUAGUAGUAGUAGUAGUAGUAGUAGUAGUAGUAGUAGUAGUAGUAGUAGUAGUAGUAGUAGUAGUAGUAGUAGUAGUAGUAGUAGUAGUAGUAGUAGUAGUAGUAGUAGUAGUAGUAGUAGUAGUAGUAGUAGUAGUAGUAGUAGUAGUAGUAGUAGUAGUAGUAGUAGUAGUAGUAGUAGUAGUAGUAGUAGUAGUAGUAGUAGUAGUAGUAGUAGUAGUAGUAGUAGUAGUAGUAGUAGUAGUAGUAGUAGUAGUAGUAGUAGUAGUAGUAGUAGUAGUAGUAGUAGUAGUAGUAGUAGUAGUAGUAGUAGUAGUAGUAGUAGUAGUAGUAGUAGUAGUAGUAGUAGUAGUAGUAGUAGUAGUAGUAGUAGUAGUAGUAGUAGUAGUAGUAGUAGUAGUAGUAGUAGUAGUAGUAGUAGUAGUAGUAGUAGUAGUAGUAGUAGUAGUAGUAGUAGUAGUAGUAGUAGUAGUAGUAGUAGUAGUAGUAGUAGUAGUAGUAGUAGUAGUAGUAGUAGUAGUAGUAGUAAU